AUGAGUGCGAUUGUUCUAGGUAAUGGUGGCUGAGUUCCUCCGGGGCAAUACCCUGGGAGCGACGUCCCUUUUGACGUUCGCUAUCCUAGCCUUGGCCUGGUUUGUAGGGUUUGCCUCGAGGCUCUUCGCCAUUGUCCGAUUUGAGUCCAUCAUUCAUGAGUUCGAUCCAUGGUUCAACUACCGCGCUACUGCUUACAUGGUAGAACAUGGGUACUACAACUUUCUAAACUGGUUUGAUGAGCGAGCAUGGUACCCACUCGGACGAAUUGUUGGAGGAACAGUUUAUCCCGGUUUGAUGCUGACCUCUGGUACAAUACACUGGAUUCUGGACUCACUGAACUUCCACGUACACAUCAGGGAGAUCUGCGUAUUCCUUGCGCCCACCUUCUCGGGUCUAACGGCUAUUGCCACCUAUUUGCUAACCAAAGAACUGUGGUCUGCUGGAGCCGGAUUGUUUGCUGCAUGCUUUAUCGCCAUAUCACCUGGAUACACAAGUCGAUCAGUUGCGGGAUCUUACGAUAACGAGGGUAUCGCUAUCUUUGCGCUCCAGUUCACGUACUAUCUAUGGGUAAAAUCGUUGAAGACUGGUUCCGUUAUGUGGGCAUCCUUCUGCGCCCUCUCAUAUUUUUACAUGGUUUCCGCUUGGGGAGGAUACGUUUUUAUUAUUAAUCUCAUUCCGCUUCAUGUACUGGCUCUCAUUAUUAUUGGACGUUAUUCAUCUCGGCUUUUUGUUGCCUAUACCACAUUCUACUGCUUGGCAACUAUUCUUUCCAUGCAAAUUCCAUUCGUCGGAUUCCAACCUGUUCGUACUUCCGAGCACAUGCCCGCUUUUGGAGUGUUCGGAAUCCUUCAGAUCGUUGCCGCUAUGCAAUACGCUCGACCUCGUAUUACACGUCAGCAGUUCAUGACUCUAUUCGUCGGUGGUCUAACAGUCGUUGGAAUAUUAGCUGUUAUCGUUUACUUCGCUCUUGUCUGGGGAGGAUACGUUGCUCCUUUCUCUGGUCGUUUCUACUCGCUCUGGGAUACUGGAUAUGCCAAGAUUCACAUUCCCAUCAUCGCUUCUGUAUCUGAACAUCAGCCUACCACCUGGGUGUCGUUCUUCUUUGAUCUUCACAUCACAGCGGCUGUUUUCCCUGUUGGACUGUGGUACUGCGUGAAGAAUGUGAAUGAUGAACGAGUGUUCAUUAUUUUGUACGCAGUCUCAGCUGUGUAUUUUGCUGGCGUGAUGGUUCGACUGAUGCUAACACUCACUCCAGUUGUAUGCGUCCUUUCUGGAAUCGCGUUCUCAUAUACAUUCGAGAAAUACCUUCGUGAUGAUGAGAAGUCUUCUACGAAAUCCGAGUCGGAUCGUCAAAUGUACGACAAGGUGUCGAAGAAAGGAAAGACUGCUUCUUCUUCGGAAUCUGCCGAAGACGGUGUUGGUGUGAACUCCAGAUCACUAGUCAGCGUUGUUCUUGUGCUGUUCCUUCUCAUGUUCGUUGUUCAUGCCACGUACGUGACAAGCAAUGCCUACUCGCAUCCUUCUGUUGUGCUGCAAAGUUCAAAUAGUCAUGGUGAUCGUAUCAUUAUGGACGACUUCCGAGAAGCUUACCACUGGCUUCGUGAGAACACGGCUGAUGAUGCGAGAAUCAUGUCAUGGUGGGAUUACGGAUACCAAAUUGCUGGAAUGGCGAACAGGACGACUCUAGUAGACAAUAAUACUUGGAAUAACUCUCAUAUUGCUUUGGUAGGAAAAGCAAUGUCAUCUAACGAGUCUGCCGCCUACGAAAUUAUGAACGCUUUGGAUGUUGACUACGUACUCAUAAUAUUCGGUGGUGUCAUUGGAUAUUCUGGAGAUGAUAUCAACAAGUUCCUAUGGAUGGUUCGUAUUGCAGAAGGGGAGCAUCCAAAAGAAAUCAAGGAAGCCAACUAUUUCACCGACUCUGGGGAAUACAGCGUUGGACCUCAAGCGUCCGACAUCAUGUUGAACUGUAUGAUGUACAAGAUGUCGUACUAUCGCUUUGCUGAAGUACGUAUGGGUUACAAUCAGGACGGUUUUGACAGGACCAGGGGUUAUGUGAUAGGAAAGAAGGACAUCACAUUGGAACAUAUUGAAGAAGCCUUUACAUCUGAGAAUUGGCUUGUGCGAAUCUACAAGGUGAAGAAGCCUGAAAAUCGACCAAGGAUCAAGGAUGAAGAAAGGGUGGUGCCUUUCACACCAAAGAAGAUUACGAAGGGUAAAAAUAAGCGGGGAGUGCUUCUCAAUCCUCCAACCAUAGUUAAAGGCAAGAAACUCACGGCUUGAUCUUGCCGAAGAAUUACGCCCUAGCUCCUCGCUGCCUAAAAGAGUGGUUGUUGUUGUUAUCGUGUAUUCAGGAUUUGCGGGAAAUUCCGAACUUUGUGGUAACAGUCUCGAUUAUGUUUAGUUCAUCUGGUCUUGCUCUCUCAAUUCUGGUACUGAAUCGAAGCUUUUGGUUCUGCAAAUUUUUCUUAUGGGCCGUCUUUGCGUGUGAUAUGUAUGUCCACUUUUUUCUCGGUUAUGUAAUAAUUUAUUUGUCUGUUGACCUAGAUUGUUGUUAAACAUAAAUUUAGUUGUAAAUUUGCUAGAGCAGUUUGGAACAG